UCAACUUCUUGAUAUUUUAUCAAAUUGGUUAUACUUAUUUUGAAAAAGUGUAAUAAAAAUACAAGUAUUAUAUGGGUUCCUCCCCGCACUCAUUUUAAACAAACUUCAUAUUAUUCCAUCGUGGAACGAUCACAUUUUCUAUCGUACAAUUGUAUCAAAUAUAAAAGUGUUAUUAAAAUAUAAUCAUGGUUUCUACCGUGAAAAUAUUUAACAUUACUAUACCCGAAAAAAGCAGCCUAUGCUGUGCGAUUUGCAAAAUUAUCAAUUUCGAAAGGAAAUUGAUUUAUUCUAAACAUUGCGCAAAGAUACUCAAGUGUCGAGAAUUUCUUCAAAAAACUCCUCAAGCAAUGGCUGCUCCGAUAAAUAAUAGAAAAAUACUCGAAUCUGGUGGUUCUAUCUACGUUAUUGUUACAAGAGAAUUUUUCGAAAGUUGCGAUUUCCAGAAUCAUUGCGACACAUUAAAUAUACAGAUGAUAGAUCUGUUAGAGCCUAUACCGACUUACGUUUAUAAGACUUGUCUACUUUACACCCUGGAAUACAAAAUUGCACCACAAUGGAAUAAAGUCGGGUCAUAUCUUGUCGAAGGGCAAGAUUUUCUUAAUUCGACCGGAAAUGUCGAUGCAAUAAUGUUAAAUAUCAAGGAGAUUCGCGAUAACAACGCUCAGCUUUUUAUGGAAGCUGUAAAUUUAAGAAUACCGUUUGUAAAACUAAAUAGAAAACACUCUAUACAAAAUAAUUUCCAACCACCCGUACGCGUUUUACCAAGCAUGAAAGUGGCAAACGUGCUACGCGUAUCAAAGACAAUCAAGUCUUUGUUCAAGGAUUAUGAGGACCUACGCGCAUAUUGGAAAAAUAUGCAUGGCUACAUAUUACCAGAUUACGAGGAUGGAAUAUUAUUUUAUAAUAUCGAAUUCUUUUACUUUAAAUCGAACAUUUUUCUAUAUCCUGAAAUGUGUUUAACCUCAGGACCUUUAGAAAUUCUGCCAUCUAUGACGGAUCCACAAUCCAGAAUUUACAAAUUUAUAGCAGAUUUAAGAAGGAAAGUGACCAAAAUAUGCGAACAACAAUUAAACAUAUGUCCGAAAAAUACGUUUCAAACAGCGGUUCUAACACCUUGUUCACCAGUAUUACCAAGAGUUAGACUUCCAGCCUAUGAUACAGGAUAUGGCACACAAUCGAGAAGACUUAGAAGUGUGAUGCCUUCACUUCGAGUGCCUGAUACCUGUGAUAUACCUGCAAAACGAUCGCGAUUAUCAUUAUCAAAAACUGAUGACUCACUUACGUGUGCGACUGAAAUUAAUGAUUUUGAUUUGGGUAUCAAGACAUGUUUAUCAAAUAAAUUAAAUCGGGUAAAAACUGAAGACAGCAUUUCAACGAUAUUAUGCGACGUAGAUAAUAUCAGCAAACCAAUUGUACGGAAAGAUGAGAACGAAUCGUGUUAUUUUAAAACUGAGGAACAAAAAUCUGAAAACAAAUUCUUCAUGGUAAAUAUAUUAUCUGUAUGUAAUAAUUUUUCAUAUAAUAACGAAACAAUUUUUGAUAAAGAUAAUAUUUUUUUAUGUUCAAGGAGCUGA